AACAUACAAUACAAAACGUGAAAACCUAGAAUCCUAAUUUAGGCAUUUAGCUUCUACCCCAUUCUCCCUCAAGCCACCACUCACCAGUCACCAACUCACCACCGCUUCACCAGUCAACAAUUACAAUACAACACCACCAACUCACCAUCUCUGCUGCUCAGUGCCCACCUCGCGAUUUUGCUAGCCCUCACCUCGCGACCGGCGACUCUGCUGCCUCACGCCCUCAUCGCUCUCUUCUGUAAUUCUGUGCUGCAAAAGUGCAAAGUGCAAACCUGGUUUUUUAUAUUUUUUAUGAAUUCUCAAAAUUUUUUAAUUAAUUCAAUCAAGAGAGAGAGGUGUUAAGGCUAUGGGGAUUGGACUUGCUGUACAGUUGGAAGGAAUUGAAGAUAUCGAGCCAUGUGAACACUAGUAUAUGUUUUUCUAAAUCAAAGAAUUGGCUAUAGAUCACAGAUUCACAGGGCAUGCAUGGCGAAGAGCAGAAAGUUUUGGGCAUGGAUGAUAGCAUCAGUGAUUUUGAGGCUCAUUUUGAUUUAUUUCCCAAAGAAGCUCAAUCUAUCCACUCGCCCCGAAGUCUCGACUCCUCUCACCAGCCUUCGUCGCCUGGCUGAAGGUUACUGGUUGAAGCAGCAAUCUAUGUCCCCGUAUGCAGGAUCGAUGUACCAUGGUUCACCUCUGUUGCUGUCAGUCCUUGGUCCUCUCACUGUCAAGCGAAUUGAAGGGCAGCCUGAUCAUCUUUUAUGCAGUUUGCUUUUGGUGCUUGCAGAUAUUAUCAGUGCAAUUCUUAUUCGGGCUACUGGGAAAAUUCUUCAGAUGGCCUAUAGACAGAGCUUGGAUUCAUUAAAUCUUCUGCAAGCAUCAAAAAGUUCGGAUUUUCUCUCCUCUGGAGAUGUUGCUGCUCUUGUGUACUUAUGGAAUCCAUUGACAAUUGUUGCUUGUGUCGCUCAGUCCACAUCACCAAUUGAAAAUCUGGCAAUUAUAUUGUCCCUAUUUGGGGCAUGUAAAAGACUGGUUCCUCUGGCAGCUUUUGGAUGGGUCGUGGCAACACAUCUGUCUCUUUAUCCAGCAAUUCUUAUUAUUCCAGUGAUUCUUUUAUUGGGAUCUGGGCCUGACGCUCCCCCUAGGAAAUUGUUCCUGCAACGGGGAUGUGAAAAAUUUGGAGAUAGUUCCUCAAAUGAUAGCCAUCGCCCGAGAAUGGAAGUGAGCCCAUCAAAACUACCAAUUGCUUUUUCAUGGAGAUCACUCAUCCAUUUCUUGCUUUGGACUUCUUUGUGGUCUGUCUAUGUCCUUUUUCUCUGUAGUGUACUUGUCAGACCAUAUGGCGGUUUGCUGGAGAUGUUUAAAAGAACAUAUGGUUUCAUGCUCACGGUGGAGGAUCUGUCUCCAAAUAUUGGUGUUUUAUGGUACUUUUUUGCCGAAGUUUUUGAUUUUUUCAGAAAUUUCUUCCUGAUAGUAUUCCAUAUGAAUAUUCUAUUUAUGAUAAUUCCUUUAGCCAUUCGGCUAAACCACCGACCUUGCUUCCUGGCUUUUGUGUACAUUGCACUCUCUUCAAUGCUAAAGUCUUACCCCUCAGUCGGAGAUUCAGCUCUCUGCUUGGGUUUGCUGGCCUUGUUUGUCGAUCAAUUAGCAGAUAUGCAGUUCUCAUUCUUCCUCUUCUGUGGGUAUGUUGGGGUUUCCCUCCUCAGCCCCGCGAUGCACAAUCUUUGGAUUUGGAGGGGCACUGGCAAUGCAAACUUUUACUUUGCAACUGCAAUGGCCUAUGCAUGCUUUCAGAUCAUUUUGGUGGUUGAGAGUGUCAGUGCCACGCUGAAUCAUGACAGGAAGCUAAGAAAGCUAUCUGCCUCAAAGCUUGGUGAUGGCAAAUCUUAGAACAAUUCCAGCAACCAAAUUUGCAAAUUUUCCAUCAUCCAGCUGCUCAAGUUGCUUCACGGUCAUCAGCUUCCAGGCCUCUUAAGCUAUAUCAGUUCUUAUAUUAAUCUCUUUCUGCCAUUGUCAACUGGCUUCAUCUUCAUGGAGUGAAGGUGGAUAGAUUUCAUCGCAUUGCAUCUUGGCCGAUUUUCAGAUCAAUUUCUGCUGUAUAACUACAGAGGUUGCAUUGCAUAGGGUUCUUUACAGUUGGAUAUACAGUUUUUUUUUUUCUUGGCAGUCAGUUUUUUGUUUAAAUAUAGCAUAAGUUAGGAAUGAUGAAUA